GAUUAAUUCAUUCCUCCAUUUGAUCUGAUCACAUUAACCCUCGGCUCCUCCUCUUCUCGUCCCUUCUCCUCUGCAUCUUAUCGCGAACCAAUCAGAUUCACGGCGAUGGCGAGAGGAUUGGAGGUGGAAGGCUUCAAUUUGAAGCAGCGACACGGCAAAGCUCGAGUGAGAGUGGCCAGGGUUUGGAAAGGCAAAGACGGCCGCGACUCCAUGGUGGAAUGGAACGUCAGCAUCAGCUUGCUCUCCAAAUGCAUCAACGCUUAUCUUGACGGCGACAACUCGGAUAUUGUCGCCACUGACACCAUGAAAAACACCGUAUAUGCUAAAGCGAAGGAAUGUUCAGAGCAACUUUCAGUGGAGGACUUUGCUGUGCUACUUGCCAAACACUUCGUAUCUUUUUAUCGUCAGGUUACUGGUGCCAUAAUAAAUAUAGUGGAGAAGCCAUGGGAACGUUUACAUGUAGCUGGGCAACCACAUGAACAUGGUUUCAAACUCGGAUCUGAGAAGCAUACCACAGAGGUUAUACUACACGAGAAUGGUGCUUUGAAGAUUAAUUCUGGUGUUCAAGGACUAGCUUUGCUGAAGACCACCAAGUCUGGCUUUGAAGGGUUUAUUAGGGACAAAUACACGGCUCUUCCCGAUACUCGAGAGAGGAUGCUGGCGACAGAGGUCACUGGUACAUGGAGGUAUUGGUAUCCAUCUGCCUUCAAACUCCCUGAGAAUCCACUUUAUUUCACUGAGAGAUACCUGGAUGUAAAAAAAGUUUUGAUGGAUACGUUCUUCGGUCAUCCAAAAGUGGGAGUAUACAGCCCAUCUGUUCAAAGCACUCUCUAUGACAUGGCAAAGGCUGUCCUCUCCAGCUUCUCCGACAUAUCUUCGGUUGAACUAGAAAUGCCAAAUAUCCAUUUCUUGCCGGUUAAUUUAUCAAACAGAGAUAAGAACACUAUUGUGAAGUUCAAAGAUGAUGUGUAUUUACCAACAGAUGAACCACAUGGAUCGAUUGAGGCAAGCUUGAGCCGUAUCCCAUCAAGGAUGUAGAAGAUGUUACAGGCAUAGUUUGCAGUGGAAGGCUUUCUAGCUCAUAGUCUGCUUGAUCAUUCUCAGAAGACAAAAUGAGCAAUGUACGAGUCUCAUGGAAAUGUUGAAUGUUUCUCAUAUUUCAUGCCAUUUUAUUCAGUUUCCCUAGAAGUUGCUUGUGUUGCUUAUGCUAAAUGAUGUAUAACAAAGAUGUUGUUCGGUAACAACGAACGGAGAUUGAAAUAAAGGCCAUUAUCUAAAGGGGUUUUUCAUGACA